CGUGUAUAUUCUUAAGUCAGUGGUGACGAGUGUACGUAUCAUUUAGAGUUGAUGAUGAUUUGUGGUAGAAUAAUAUCUUGGCAUGGAGUUAUCAUUUUACUAAUGGGCGCAUGGUUGGCUAUUACCAUCACUGCCAGCCAGGACGAGUCUUGUAAGAAUGUCGCGAAGCCAGUGGCACCUCCCUGCUGGACAUGUGACCGAUGUGAGAAUGGCCAGUGGGAAUGUGAUCCUGUCACGUGUACGAGUGACCAGUGUGUUGAUGGCUACUUCACCGAGACUAAUAUGUGUUGCCAAACGUGCCCCAAUGGUGAGAACUGUAAAUUCACUGACGUCAUCAUUCCAAUAAAUCGGACUGUUUCCGUGGGUGGCGUCUGGUGCGCAUGUGUAGAAAGCGAAGACGGAAGUGGACUUUUGAUGGCCAAAUGCAUCUGACCAACCAGAUUGGUGACCUUUAAGAAAAGACUCUUCCAUCCGUCAUGUUUAGCUUAUUGCGUGGCUUUGUUAAUACGUUUGUUUGUUACCAUGGGAUUUGAUUCUAUGAAGAGACAAAACUACAGAACUUCUAUUAUAAAGUAAUAAAUAAAACAAAAUUAUACGAUUGCAUA